AUGGAUUCACAGCAACUACAGGAUACUAGACGGGUUGCGGCUGAUAUUACUACUACUUCUGCUAAUACAACAUCUACAAACGUCGCAAAUGAAUAUCCAGAUAAAAUAGAUUCACCUGCACCGGGCUCGGAAGUACCAUCUCCAGAUCCUAAUGGUCACAUUCCCACUUUUGAAGAUACUCUCAUAGCAGGUUUGGAAUCCAUAUGUGGGUUAUUUGAUAACGUUUACUUACUUAAAACCCUUGGUAUAAUAAGUGAAGAUAACCUCUUAUACAGACGUUUGAAUAAGGGAGAAUGGGGCUCAAAACUGUGGUUCGUAACACUUCUAUUAAGCGCCAGGAAGUCAUUCAGUCGAUUGUUAAAGAUUAUGAAGGCCAAGAGUAAGCUAAAGGAGGAGAUGAAAGAAUUGAGAACUGAAGGGGACGAAGAUUUAGUAAAACAAGUCUUAAGGAAUAAGUUUACAGAUGCUCUCAAAAAAUGUAGUAUUAUAAUUAAGGACGUCGUUCUUGAACUUCUGCAGACAUUGGCAUAUUUGGCAAUAGUGGUCAUUGAAGUCUUUAAGAUAAACGUUAGUCAAAAAGUGAUAAAAAUCUUGGAACCACUUUCACAUUUCAUUGCUGUCAUUAGAAUUUUUACAACUGGUUAUACCACUCUGACUGUGUAA